UAUUUUAGCUAAACAGGAGACCCACCUGCCCUGAAUGAUACAUCGCCAGAUUAAAUACCAACUUUUAUAAACGGGACACUGAUCCUGUAGAGGUUAUAUACCAACUUUUAUAAACAACGAUAACACUGCCAUGUAGAUCAGAGACUUGCUGUCGAAAAACCACAUUAGUGUCCGACUUUCGGCUGUUACAGAUUCACCCAUCCCCGACUUCAACCCUCGACUUUCGUCAACAGUCAGUUGCUUUUUCGCCUUACCACUCAAACGCGUCCUAUGCGUCCAACUAACUGACGGACCAAGCUCCUGGACUACUCGGGAUGGGAAAAUGUACAGUGUGUCUUUAAGCCGCCCAACCGCUUGUAGAUGUGUGUUUGCUGUGGCAGAGAAACGGACGCCCAGACCGCUGCAGUCCACAGUAUUAUUAUUAUUAUUAACGGUACAGUUCCAUCCUGAACCGGAGAGGAAAGUGACGGCGUUGCUUUCAGAGGAGAUUACAGCAGUCAAUCAAAAACAAAAGUCCCAAACUAUUGUAACUCUGUUGCGGUGGACAGACAGACGCUGCGUUGCUGUGUGUUGAGCCGACCAUCAGGAUGAGGCCUGGUCAAGUGUGUGCCCUGUUCUCAGCUUCCUCUACCCUCCUCUUCCUCCUGGUCCUAUCAGGACCUUCUCAGACCAGCGCCUGUAACAAGGCCCUCUGCGCCUCCGACGUCAGCAAGUGUCUCAUACAGGAGCUGUGUCAGUGUCGUCCAUCCGACGGGAACUGUUCAUGUUGUAAGGAGUGUAUGCUCUGUCUGGGGACACUGUGGGAGGACUGCUGUGACUGUGUUGGGAUGUGUAACCCUAAGAACUACAGUGAUACUCCGGCCACCUCCAAGAGCACAGUGGAGGAACUCCAUCGACCAAUCCCCUCGCUGUUCCGAGCCCUCACGGAGGGCGACGCCCCUAUCAACAUGAUGGUGGUGUCCUUCCCCGUUGCCGAGGAACUAUCUCACCAUGAGAACCUGGUCUCCUUCCUAGAGACGCUUGACGACCAGCACCAGAACAUAUCUCUCCCCGCCAACAGCAUCCACGGCAACUACGACAUUCAAGAUAACAUGUGUACGGUGGUCUACUUUGACGACUGCGUAUCCAUCCGCCAGUGUAAACUAUACUGUGAGUCGAUGGGAGGGUCGAAGUACCGCUGGUUUCACAACGCCUGCUGUCAGUGCGUCGGCCCGGAGUGUCUGGACUACGGCAGCAAGGCUGUUAAGUGCAUGAACUGUCUGUUCUGAAGACUGACGACUCCAUGGUGGUGGAGACUGGUACCAAAUAUAUGGACCAAACCAAUGGGCGGCUCCAGAGAGGGGCUAGACGAUGCUUAAGCCUCCUCAAAAAUAGCCUAGCACCCCCAAAAAAUAUUGUAUUAGUACAUCAUAUAUUACAGGCACCCUUAGCCUACCCCUUAGCCUACCCCCUUAGGCUACCCCCUUAGCCUACCCCCUAAGCCUACCCCUUAGCCUACCCCCUUAGCCUACCCCCUUAGCCUACCCCCUUAGCCUA